AUGUGCGUGGUGACACCGAAAGGUCUGAUUACAAAACCAAUAGAAAUGCAGAAAAAACAGAAAGGUUGCAACUAUGCAGUGGAUAGAGAUGCUGGAGGUAAAGUGACAGUAAAUGAUGGAGUUUUUGAAGUAGUUAUAGAUGUUGGUGGUAAAUUGACUGUGGAUGAUGCAGAUGUUAAAUUGACUGUGGAUGAUGAAGAUGUUGAAGUGGCUGUAGAUGUUGCAGGCGAAAUGACUGUGGAUGAUGAAGAUGUAACAGUGGCUGUAGAUGUUGGCAGUAAGGUGACUGUGGAUGGUAAAGAUAAUAAAGUGGCUGCAGAUAUUGGCGGUAAGGUGACUGUGGAUGGUGAAGAUGUUGAAGUGGCUGUAGAUGUAGGCAGUAAAGUGACCAUGGAUGAUGAUGAUGUUGAAGUAGUUGCAGAUGUUAAUGGUAAGGUGACUGUGGGGGGUCAAGAUGUUGAAGUAGCUGUAGAUGUUGACCGUAAAGUGACCAUGGAUGAUGAAGAUGUUGAAGUAGCUGUAGAUGUUGGAGGUAAAGUGACUAAGGAUAAUGUAGAUUUUGAAGUAGCUGUAGAUGUUGGUGGUAAAUUGAUUGUGGAUGAUGAAGACGUUAAAGUGGCUAUAGAUGUUGGCAGUAAGGUGACUGUGGAUGAUGAAUAUGUUGUAAUGGCUGUAGAUGUUGGGGAUGUUCAAGUGGCUGUAGAUGUUGGUGGUAAACUGAUUGAAGAUGAUGAAGAUGUUGAAGUGGCUGCAGAUGUUAGUGGUAAAUUGAGUGUGGAUAAUGAAGAUGUGGAAGUGGCUGUACAUGUUGAUGGUAAGGUGACUGUGGAUGAUGAAGAUGUUGAAGUGGCUGUAGAUGUUGGCGGUAAAGUGAGCAUAGGUAAAAGAAUGAAAUAUUGCAUAGCCGUAGGGAUAGAACAGUUUAUGGAUGCAAUUAUGAAAAGUGUUUACAAAUUUGAUGCAGAAGACUAA